ACCGCAGCAAACAGGACGAUUCCAACUUUGCCGCGAUUUGACAGUGUGUUGAAGCACUUUCUUGUCACCCUCUUCUUUCUUCUCCUUUUGUUCUUUUACUUCUCCAAUAUCCACCCUAAGACCACCGUCAUUGUUUUACACCCUUGCACCUCUUUUUCCUUCUGGAAGAUUAUAUAUCCAAAAUAUGUCUUUUUGUUUGGGCUACAAAACGUAGCGCUGUUCAAAACUUUUAACAAUUCGCUGGUAUUAUUAUUCUAA